ACCGUCGUGCUAACAUUUAAAGUGAGGCACAGGCUUUGAGACCUGUAGUCGUCUUCCCACAGUAAGAUGGAGGCUGGUGCGUCCAUUGGCUGGCUGGCCCCGCCCACCUGGCUGUCACUGGUGAUCUUAGCGGUGACGUUCAUCAUAAUCUACACCUAUUGGGUAUAUGAUAACAGGAGAAAAUUCAACCUUCCCGGACCCACGCCGCUGCCUGUACUCGGGAACACCCUGGAAGUCAUCAGUAAGGGUUUGAUUGGAUUCGAUGCUGCCAUGGUGCAAAAAUAUGGUAAACUUGUAGCCAUAAACGGUAGCGGGCGUAUUGGAGAUAUCCUUGUUGCCGACCUGGAUAUUUUAAAGGAAAUCAUGGUUAGACGGGCCAGUUCUUUCACGGACAGAAAUGAGGACCCAGCCCCGAUGUUUGAACCUUUCAACCAGUCUCUAACGUUCUCCAAGGGAGAACACUGGAAACAAAUGCGAAGCACCAUCACUCCAGCAUUUAGCUCUGGAAAGUUAAAACAG